AUGCUGCUCCUCCCGACAACGCCCAGCGUGGCGGCUCGAUGCUGCGCCACCCGCUCGCUCCGACCCAGCUCGUCGAGGCUCAUCUCGCAGCAGCUCCGCUCCUACUCGGCCGCGACCCCGAGCAGCGACAGGCUGGUCGACCUGUCCCCCCUCUCCACCCUGCACCCCUCACUCCCCUCGGCGCUCGUAUCAGACGGCAAGGCGACGCGCAACGACGAGCACAUUUCGGUGCUGACGCUCAACCGGCCCGCGGCCAAGAAUGCCAUCUCGCGCGCCAUGGCCGACGAGCUCGAGUCGUGCGUCAAUGCGCUGCGCGCCUCGGCCGACUCGCGCGUCGUCCUGAUCCGAUCCAGCGUGCCCGCCACCUUUUGCGCCGGCGCCGACCUCAAGGAGCGCAAGGGCAUGUCCCAGCAGGAGGUCGACGCCUUCCUCCUCCAGCUCCGCCGCGUCUUUACCGGCAUCUCGAAGCUGCCCAUGCCCACCGUCGCCUGCCUCGACGGUCUGGCAAUGGGCGGCGGGCUGGAACUCGCCCUCUGCGCCGAUAUGCGCAUCGCCGGUCCCGCCGCCUCCAGGCUCGGUCUGACCGAGACCAAACUAGGCAUCAUCCCCGGUGCCGGUGGCACGUCGCGGCUGGCGAGGCUCGUCGGCGUCGCCAGGGCAAAGGAGCUCGUAUUCAGCGCCAGGCUCGUCGACUCCCUCGAGGCGCAGCGUAUCGGAUUCGUCGACGUCGUCGCUGAAGCCGACCCGGUCGCCACCCAGGGGCAGGAGGCGUUUGAGCGAGGCGUCGUCAUGGCCAGGUCGUUUGCAAAGAACGGCCCGCUGGCGGUACGCGCGGCCAAACUGGCAAUCGACCGCGGCAGCCAGAUGGACCCAGAGACGGCCCUCGACUUCGAGCGACAGUGCUACGAGCCAAUCCUAAAAACCGAGGACCGCCUCGAGGGCCUGCGCGCCUUUGCCGAAAAGCGCGAACCCGUCUACAAGGGCCGGUAG